UAGGAUUUCUGUGUUGGGAAAUCUAAUUCUCAAGGAAUAUCAUAUCAGAGAGUAAAGUUCCAACCUUGGAGGGUAAUAUAUAAAUGGCGACACUAAAGGAUAUAGGGGUUGCAGCCGGUUUCAAUAUACUCAGUGCACUAGUUUUCUUGCUGGCCUUUGCAAUCUUAAGGCUUCAGCCUUUCAAUGACAGGGUUUACUUUCCAAAAUGGUAUCUAAAGGGCUUAAGAAGCAGUCCUACACGCUCUGGAGCUUUCGUUCGCAGGUUUGUCAAUUUGGAUUUCCGUUCAUAUGCGAGCUUUUUGAAUUGGAUGCCAGCUGCACUGAAAAUGCCAGAACCUGAGCUUAUCGAACAUGCAGGAUUGGAUUCUGCAGUUUACUUGCGGAUUUACUUGAUAGGGCUCAAGAUUUUUAUUCCAAUCGCUUUCCUUGCAUGGGCAAUUCUAGUACCAGUUAAUUUGACAACUGAUGGGCUCGAGAGAGCCAAGGCCUUGAACGUAACUUCCAGCGACAUUGAUAAACUCUCAAUUUCAAAUAUACCACGUGGCUCAGAUAGGUACUGGACUCAUGUUGUCAUGGCAUAUGCCUUCACCUUCUGGACAUGCUAUGUGUUGAUGAAGGAAUACGAGAAAGUUGCCAAUAUGAGGUUGCAUUUUCUUGCAUCAGAGAAACGCCGACCUGAUCAAUUUACUGUCCUAGUUAGGAAUGUCCCACCAGAUCCAGAUGAAUCUGUUAGUGAGCUUGUGGAGCACUUUUUUCUGGUCAAUCACCCAGAUCACUAUCUUACACAUCAGGUGGUAUACAAUGCAAACAAACUCGCCAAAUUGGUCAAGAAGAAGAAAAAGUUGCGGAAUUGGCUUGAUUAUUAUCAACUAAAAUAUUCUAGAAAUAGUUCUCAGAGGCCACUCAUGAAGACUGGCUUUCUUGGACUUUGUGGAGAAAAGGUAGAUGCAAUAGAUCAUUAUACAUCUGAAAUCGAAAAAACAUCAAAAGAAAUCGUUGCAGAGAGAGAAAGAGUCACGAAUGAUCCAAAGUCUAUUAUGCCAGCAGCAUUUGUUUCCUUUAAAACUCGAUGGGGUGCUGCUGUUUGUGCACAGACGCAACAGUGCCGAAAUCCUACUUUAUGGCUGACAGACUGGGCCUCGGAGCCACGUGAUGUAUAUUGGGCCAACCUUGCGAUUCCAUAUGUUUCUCUUACUGUGAGGAGACUGAUUAUGGGUGUUGCAUUCUUUUUUCUCACCUUCUUUUUCAUGAUCCCCAUUGCACUUGUACAAUCUCUUGCUAGCAUUGAGGGAAUCGAGAAAGCAGCACCAUUCUUGAAGCCAAUAAUCGAAAAAAGCUUUAUUAAGUCAGUCAUCCAAGGUCUUCUUCCUGGGCUUGCGCUGAAGCUUUUUCUCAUCUUUCUUCCAACAAUCUUGAUGAUUAUGUCUAAAUUUGAAGGCUUUAUAUCUAUUUCAUCUUUAGAAAGGAGAUCAGCUUCAAGAUAUUAUCUUUUCAAUCUAGUGAAUGUGUUCCUUGGCAACAUAAUAGCCGGGACAGCUUUUGAGCAACUAAGUUCUUUCAUGAAGCUAUCAGCCAACGAAAUUCCGAAGACAAUUGGUGUGGCUAUACCAUUGAAAGCAACUUUUUUUAUUACUUACAUAAUGGUUGAUGGAUGGGCUGGAGUAGCUGGGGAAAUUUUAAGGUUGAAACCACUUAUAAUUUACCACUUGAAAAACUUCUUCUUAGUGAAGACUGAAAAGGAUAGGGAGGAGGCGAUGGAUCCAGGAAGUAUUGGAUUCAACACCGGAGAACCUCAAAUACAGUUCUAUUUUCUACUUGGCCUCGUGUAUUCUACCGUGACACCUAUUCUGCUUCCCUUCAUAUUAGUUUUCUUCGCACUGGCUUAUGUCGUGUUCCGCCACCAGGUAAAAUAG